UUCGAACAAUUUGUUUGUAGUUUGUAAAAUGCUCAAAAUGAAUGUAAGUGAUUUUAAGCCCGUGCUAACACGCGCCGCGCUUGCGCUGAAGAAAACCGCAGACUGCGCCGAAUUUACGGCACUCGUCUUCCAGGAAGCGCCAGCGAAAACAAAUACGGUGGAAAAAGAAACUGGCAAAACAACGAAGGAUAACAAAUCGCUGUCAAGCGGCGAGACAGAUAACGAGUUCAAUAUGAAGAGGGCACGCAAUGAAGUGCUCAACUUUGCUAUGGCCAAUCAGCGCACAAUCAAAAACAAACGCAAAAUGGAAAUCGUUCAGCUGAUCAAACUUGGCGCCAAAGCUCCAAAGAAGCCGUAUCGGAACUACAAGGAACUGAAAGAGGAGCGGAAACGGCUCAAGGACAAUCGCGAGGAGCGCAAGAAGUUCCAUCAAUUGGGCAAAAAUCAAACGGGCGCAGCGAGUGUCAAAUGCAACCAGAGCCAAUCGCAUCGCAAUCAUGCACAAAAGAAACGUGCUCCAGUUGCGAACAUCAGUCAGCAUUAUGGCAAGGCGCAGCCAAAAUUUAAAAAGCGAAAUAAAAAUUGAUAUCUUAAA